UUUUGAGAGACGCUAGUCUUCUCCAGUGGGGAGGUCGUGUUUGGGUUUGAGGCUUUGAAGUCGCCCAAGAAGGUGCACCAUGCUUAAGGGCAACAGGAUUGAGCCUGGGAGCCAGAGAAGAGUGAAAAGGCAUUAUCCAUGGAUCCUAUGUGGCUGCAACCGACAAUGCUAUAUCACCUUGAUUACUGGUUGCUACACCUGCGAGUGGCAGGUCAAGCAGGAGAAAAAGUCUUUACCUGGACCCUGCUGCUGCUCUUGGAGAGAGAAGUUAUUUUACCCAUUUCUGAUUACUUCAUUUUUGCUGUCUUUGGUUUUGCUGUUUGUGUGGAUAGAAACUUCGAAUGAGUACUUUGGCUUUGACUGGGUCAUUUUUCUAGGUACAGGAUACUGGUUCUUUUGGUCCAUUGUUUUGCUGAGUUUAUUUGGGAUCCUGGCUGCCUACAGUACAUUGCUGGUGGUACUUGCAUUUUUGUUGGUUUGGGAAGGGUAUGAACCAAACCUGCACUGGUUUCACAAGGUCCUGGUUCUGCUAGUGAUUGUGACAAUCUCAUUUUUUUUGUGGAUUUUAUUCACAUACUGGAGGGACAGGUGGCUGACUACUGGGUUGUCACUGCAGAUCUUUGCUCCCUAUGUGCACCUGAGUGGCAUAACUAUGAUGGUUAUCCUUUCCUGGCCUGUGGGCUUCUACUUAAUCCAUUUGGAAGAAGAAGCUAGAAUCAGAAGAUACAAGAUGGCAAAUUAUGACAGAGAAAAAACCAGGAGAUGUAAUACACUCACAAAGUUGAGAGCUCUACAGGUGGCUAUUGGAUUGCCUUUUUUCCUUAUCCUUUUAUGUCUCUAUGUUAUUCCAUUGGGGAUUCAUUCUCCCUGCAUUCAGGAGGAGGGUAAAUUGGGACCCAAGCCAGACUUCUUUGGACAUAGAGGUGCACCCAUGUUGGGGCCUGAGAAUACCAUGAUGUCCUUUGAGAAAGCUGUUGAACAAGGGGCCUGGGGGCUGGAGAGUGAUGUACAAUUAAGUUUAGAUCAUGUACCUUUUCUUAUGCAUGACUAUGACCUGAGAAGAACAACCAAUAUUAAGGAGGUCAUGCCAAAUGCCUCCUUAACACAUCCUAGCUUCUUCCAUUGGAGUUUCCUGUCGACUCUGAAUGCAGGCAAAUGGUUUGUACAGUCACCGUUGAAACCAUUUUACAGAAUGAAAGCCCUAUCAAAGGCUGAUCGUGAAAGAGCAGAAAAUCAGACGAUUCCAAAACUAAUCGAUUUAUUGGAACUUGCACAGAAGGAAAAAAAAUUUGUGAUGUUUGAUCUUAAUGCCCCUCCACAAAAACAUCCUGUCAGAGGCACAUAUAUUCGCCGUGUAGUACGCUUGAUCCUUGACUCUAAAAUUGAGCAACAUCUGAUUUUUUGGUUGCCAGCUUUCGACAGGGAAUAUGUCAAACAAGCAGCUCCUGGUUUUCAGCAAGUGGGCAGGUUAUAUUCCAUUGAACGUCUUACAAAAGAAAAUAUCAGUAGAAUAAACGUUGACUACAAGAAGUUGUUCUACAAUGGGUUGAGAGAUUAUAAAGCAGCUAACAUCAAAAUCAACUUGUACCUUGUCAAUGAACCUUGGCUCUACUCACUGGCCUGGUGCUCCAAGAUUCACUCAGUGACCACAGACAACAUUCACAUCCUGAGUCAGCUAGAUCAGCCUUACUUCCUCAUGACACCAGGUUACUAUAUGUUUAUGUGGCUUCUCUUGGAUAGUGUUUCUGCGGUUCUCAUUGUUACCGUAUUUUCUUUUCAUUGGUGGAGAGAGCACAAAAAAGAAAUGGCCGAUAAUGCCAGCAUUCACACAGAUACUCAGGAACCAGCCCCUGACAUAGAAAAUGAGUCAUGGGAUACCCCUGGACCAUGGCCACCUUCCAGCCACCCUCAAUUACUAAAACUUUCAGAUAUCCAAACUCCCUCUGUGUCACAGAAGCCCCCAAGCAUGAGGCCCUCAGACCAGCACUACCCCUCCAAGGAGGAUAUGAAACCACCAGUGACCCCACAAGGGGAAGGUCAAGCCACCGAUAUCCCCCAAGGAGAUCUAACUACCAGUGUCCCCCAGGGGGGAGAUCAAACCACUGGGGUCCCACAGGGGGAAGAUCAAACCACCAGUAUCCCCCAGGGGGAAAGUCAAACCACCAGCAUUCCCUAAGAAGAACAUCUAACCACCAAUGUUCUCCCCCAGGGGCGUCAUCCGACAGACCCCCUCCACUGAAUCACAUUGGCCCCCUGCCACAGAAACCCUGGGAUUUACAGUGCCCACCAACGAGGCCUCCAUCCUGAAAAUCCCAGGAGACCCCCAUCGUUAAAUCCUCCUGCCAGGAAUCCUUUUCUAUAGCGUAUUCCUUUUCUAGCAUGUCCUCCUUCUCCUACAGGAUGCCUUUGGAGAAAAUUUAGUCAUACCUUGCCUUCUCCUCCCUCUUCCUCUCUGUGCGUAAGUGUGGUGACGGUGGGGAGUAGUCAAGAAAGGAGUGCAGAAGGGCCAUUGAGGCUUUCAGGACGACCAUUUUGGUCUAGUGCCUUCCAUAAAGAAUGCAUCUCAAGGGGGAGGGGAACAAGGGAG